AUUGAAGGAGCAGACAGCUGAGUCACUGAGUCACACACACACACACACACACACACACACAUGCAGAAAAUCCAAACAUAGCUCAUGAUAAACAGGAAGAGUGUUGUUGUGCUGUUGUGUUGUUCUGACCUCCAGUAGACCGAGGGCGGUUGGCAGGAUGCUGACGGUAACGCUGAGGACUCUCCAGCAGCAGACGUUUAAAAUUGACAUUAACCCGGAAUUGACGGUGAGCGAAAGUUAGCACGGCUGAAAGGUCAAAGCACUGAAGGAGAGAAUCGAGGAGGAUAGAGGCAAAGAUGUGUUGCCAGCUGAGGGACAAAAGCUCAUUUAUGCAGGUAAAAUAUUGAACGAUGACACGCCAUUGAAAGAGUACAAUAUUAGUGAAAAGAACUUUGUGGUGGUCAUGGUCACAAAGCCUAAAGCAGCCGCUCCCCCUCAAACAUCCCCAAAAUUGACACCCCAGUCAGCUCCGCCCCCCUCUUCCCUUUCCUCCUCAUCAGCAGCAACUAGCGUCCCAACACAAGAUACCUCUUUGGCAACACACACGCUGCCGGCACCCACGCCAGCCCCGCAGUCGUCAGAAGCUCUGCCCCCUGCCCCAAAAAACACCCCCACAACUUCUCCCGAAGACACCUCUCCGACGCCGACUGCCGCCACCGCGCCCCCAGCCCCUUCCUCCUCCACCUCCCCGACGACUCCAGCAGAGCAGCUAGAGGAGAAGCCGAAGGAGGAAGCUGAGAGCGGAACAUCCGUCCUCUCAUCUGCUUCCAGCCUCGUGGAUGAGCUGAGCCUGUUAGAGGAAGCGGCAUCCAUACUUGUGACUGGCCAGGCCUACGAGAACCUGGUGUCGGAGAUCAUGUCAAUGGGCUACGAGCGGGAGGCGGUGGUGUCAGCUCUUCGGGCCAGUUACAACAACCCGGACCGGGCGGUGGAGUAUUUAUUGAUGCACGUUUGUGUGACGCAGGGUCUUCCCACUGAAGCAAGCGAGGCACCAUCACAAGACACUCCACCUCGUGACGCUCCAUCAGACACUGCCGACCCCACCCUGCAAACACCACAACCAGCAACAGCACCCGCAAACCGUCCAGUAUCUGGCAGCCAGGCGACCCCUGCCAGGGGAGGUUCUCCGUCCACAAGGAACCCUUUGGAGUUCUUGAGGAACCAACCUCAGUUCCAGCAGAUGAGGCAGAUCAUCCAGCAGAACCCGGCCCUCCUGCCUGCCCUGCUGCAGCAGCUGGGUCGAGACAACCCACAGCUACUGCAGCAAAUCACGCAGCACCAGGAGCGUUUUGUCCAGAUGCUGAACGAGCCUCAGGUUGGGGGUGAGGGCAUCGAGCCACGGGGCUCACCCCACGGCAACUACAUCCAGGUCACACCACAGGAGAAGGAGGCCAUAGAGAGGUUAAAAGCGUUGGGUUUCCCAGAAGGCUUGGUCAUUCAGGCAUACUUCGCCUGUGAGAAGAAUGAAAACCUGGCCGCCAACUUCCUGCUGCAACAAGCGUGGGAUGACGAGUAGUUGACUCGAUGCCUCUCGGGGCAGCCAGAGUAAAUUUUCUUUCCCAGCACGCGCUCAUAUUCACACUGAUGGACGUUAGCUGCAAAGUGGCUCUGUGACGAUGGCAGGCAUCGUCGCCACUCUCCAUCAAGCUUUGGUUAAUUUUGUGUGCAGAUGAUCUCAAUAAAUGCUGCCUUUGAUUGUUA